AAACGCGUCUCUUGAACAAAAACAUACGCGUCGAGUUUCGUCUGGAAUUGUGAACAACACAUCAGCUACUGUAAACCUCGUCGCGAAAUAGAAACUAUUGCCGCAAAAUACAUUCAAGAUGUCCCAGAAAAUCAUCGAGAUAAACACCCAAAAGGAGAGCAAGUUCACAGCGGCAGUGGACCUGCUUCCCUGCACAAUCCACCAUGAUGGUCCAGUCGACCAGGUGCAAAGUUACUGGAAGCCCACAGAGUCGCAAGAUGGAAGGAAAACUGCCUUCUUUCGAGGAAGGAAGCUGCAUGGCAAAACCAUCAAGGUUCCGGAAGGGUAUAAAGGCAUCGUUGUGGAAAGGGGACCAGAUGAUGAGCCAGCAGAGAGCAGACCAGAUGAGCCGGUGACGAUAGAUGUUGACACCGAGGAGAAGGUGGCAACAACAACCUUGGAUACGAAAGCCGAAUUUGAAGAGAUGGUCAUCUGGGGCCAUGAGUCCACAGCCGACGCUUCCUCAGAUCCCUACGUGAGGGGAGUGGAAGAAUGGGUGAAUCUUGCAGAGCAGGUUCAUUCUUAUUGAAGGUUUUAAAAAAUGGACUUAUUGGUAUAUUUUUUUUUUGUUGAAUCAUGCAUAUCGCCUCUGACUGAAUGAAUACCAUUACGGGCAGGGUGAAUGAAUAUUUGGCCGAGUUUGGAUGCACUCUUAUUUCAUUGUUUUUUACGGCAUGCAUAGCGUAUGGGAUACUGGGAAUAUAUCAAUCAUGGUUGACUUGGGCAAGACAGGCUCCGAUUCGUCUGCGCGCCACAAACGCCCAUCACCGAUCGCAAUGGCGACCCCCUCGAGCGACGCGGGCUUCAUGAUGUCUGAUGCCCCUCGCUCCAGCGGCAUCAGACGCCCUCAACACCCCAGCUCUUCGGCUGGUCGACCCCGCGCCCCUCCGUCCGAGAGCAUGGGUGCGCCCAGCGACGAUGAGGGUGAUGGCUUCGCCGAUGACCAGGUCCCAAUCAGAUCUCGAAGACCCGAUCAACAAGUACCCCGCGUUGAGGACCGCGUCGGUCUUGCAAUCCAACAACACUUUGAAGAGUUUAUAGAAACUUAUACCGAAGAGCCCGACUCCUCCGGUCAACCAGCCUCGAGCGCCGUGACGACAAGGGUUUACUAUGUCGCCCAAAUCCAUGGCAUGCGGACGCACCAACUUUCAACCCUUUACGUUGACUUUAAACAUCUCAGUACCUACCAGAAUGGUAACCUAGCAGAGGCGAUAGUCAGAGAGUACUACCGCUUCUUGCCUUAUCUAACCACAGGCCUGCACAACAUGAUCGCAAAGUACGAGCCACAAUACUUCCGCGAGCACCGCCAACCAACAACAGCCUCGAGCAACAUGACGACCUCGGGUGCCAGCAACGUUGGCUCGGCCAGUCAGAGCGAUUUGGCAGAGAAGACGACCAACCAGCAGACGGACAAGCUGUUUGCUAUAGCCUUCUACAACCUUCCCCUGGUCAGCCGAGUGCGCGCCCUGCGCGCCAAAAAUAUCGGUCAGCUACUCAGCAUAUCCGGCACGGUCACCCGCACAUCUGAGGUCCGCCCUGAGCUAUCAUUGGCAACAUUCAUGUGCCAGGCCUGCAAGGCCAUUGUUCCAAACGUAGAGCAGACUUUCCGCUACACAGAGCCAACGCAGUGCCCCAACGAAAACUGCCAAAAUCGCCUGGCAUGGCAGCUUGAUAUCAGGCAAAGUACCUUUGUCGACUGGCAAAAGGUUCGUAUCCAAGAGAAUAGCAGCGAAAUUCCUACAGGGAGCAUGCCCCGCACGAUGGAUGUUAUUAUGCGCGGUGAGAUCGUCGAUCGCGCCAAGGCUGGUGAGAAGUGCGUCUUCACUGGCGCGCUUAUCGUCGUUCCCGACGUCAGCCAAAUGGGCUUGCCAGGACUGAGAGCCACGGCGGUGCGCGACGACAAGGCACCCCGUCCAGCCGAGGCUGGCGGCUCAGGGAUUACCGGACUCAGGUCUCUUGGUGUCAGGGACUUGACUUACAGGCUGGCAUUCCUCGCCUGCAUGGUUAUACCGCAUAGUGAUGGACUGGGAGGUUCAUCAAAGGGAGGUGCUGCCGAGAUUGCUGCGGCACUGGCCCACGCAGCUUCUUCGGAUAUAACAGAAACACAAGAGGAGGCACAGGCGGCGGUACUGGCAUCAUACAGCACAUCUGAGAUUGAUGAUCUGCGUAGUAUGGUGCACAGUGACAAGAUCUACGACCGAUUAGUUCAGUCCAUUGCACCAACAGUAUAUGGCCACAAUGUGGUUAAGAAGGGCCUGCUCCUACAGCUCAUGUCUGGUGUCCACAAAACCACUGCAGAGGGCAUGCAACUCCGUGGCGACAUCAACAUAUGCAUUGUGGGAGAUCCAUCAACGUCAAAAUCCCAAUUCCUCAAAUACAUCUGCUCAUUCGCACCACGAGCAGUUUACACAUCAGGAAAGGCCUCUUCAGCAGCCGGUUUGACAGCUGCAGUUGUCAAGGAUGAGGAAACUGGCGAGUUCACUAUCGAAGCUGGUGCUCUGAUGCUGGCAGACAAUGGCAUUUGCGCCAUUGACGAGUUUGACAAGAUGGACAUUGCCGACCAGGUAGCAAUCCACGAAGCUAUGGAACAGCAAACCAUUUCCAUCGCCAAGGCGGGUAUUCAAGCAACUUUAAAUGCGCGCACAUCCAUCCUUGCGGCAGCCAACCCAGUGGGUGGGAGGUAUAACCGAAAGACAACUUUGCGCGCCAACAUCAACAUGAGUGCGCCCAUCAUGUCUCGUUUCGAUCUCUUCUUUGUGGUACUGGACGAGUGCAACGAACGCACCGAUCGCCAUCUCGCCGAGCACAUCGUCGGUAUUCACCAGCUCCGUGACGAAGCUAUCGAGCCAGAGUUCAGCACAGAGCAGCUGCAGCGCUAUAUCCGAUUUGCUCGUACGUUCAGGCCUGAGUUCACUGAGGAGGCCAAGCAGACCCUGGUGAAACAUUACAGCGAGCUCCGAGCCGAUGACGCCCAGGGAGGUGUAGGCAAGAACAGCUACCGCAUCACGGUCCGUCAGUUGGAGAGUAUGAUUCGGCUGAGCGAAGCCAUUGCCAAGGUCAACUGCGUCGAAGAGAUAGCGCCACACAUGGUCGACGAGGCCUACAAUCUGUUGCGUCAAAGUAUUAUCUCGGUCGAACACGACGAUGUCGAGGUUGACGACGAAGAGGAUGCGCCUGAAGAUGACCAGGAGACGCUUCGCCGCGCGGCACAGGCAGGUCAAGCUCAGGACGAGGACUCACCAAUGGGUGGCGAAGAGGCUGCCCAGAACGCGCUGACUACGGCACCAGCUAGCCAAAAGGUGACCAUCACCCACGAGAAGUGGGUAUCAAUGCUGAACAUGAUGGUCCAGCGCGUCGCAGAGGACGAGGUCUCGGGCAGCGGCGAGGGCAUCUCUGGCGAAGACCUGGUCAACUGGUAUUUGGAGCAGAAGGAGGAAGAGCUUGCGAGCGAGGAGGACUUUAAUAGGGAAAAGAAAUUGGCCACAAUGGUGCUCAAGAAGAUGGUCAAGGAACAUAUCCUCAUGGCCGUCGAGGCUCAGUCCGAAGACGGCGCCGCCCCAACUGGAGAGGGUUCGUCGGCACGCGCCGUCCGUGUAGUCUACGUGCUCCAUCCCAACUGUGCUGUGGAGGAGAUUUAAUGAGCUGGAAUGUUUUGGCUGUGAUGUUGAUGCGAAACGAGGUAUACCAUUUUGUUUUUUUGACAAGUAGUGUUUGGUUUAGAGACGGUGCUUAAGCUAGCAUAGCGCACACCGCAUACUCACUUUGUUAUGAUCUUAUGAGGAGGCCAAAUAAGAAUGAACCAUCCCGU